GGAGUACUGCAAGUCCUGAAUUAGUCCACCUUGACGCGCCAAACUAAUCAGCCGUACGUCGUCCGUCGACGCCACCGCUUUCCGCAGCAGCAGCGAAGCAAGCGCGUGCUUCCCUCCCGCCCUCUCCUCUCCUCUCCUCUCCUCUCCGCGGCUGCCGCCUCGCCACGCCGCCUCGAUGAGGAGCAACAGCAGCGCCGGCUCGGCGCCGAGGAGGAGGCCGACGAGCGACCUCAUCGGCGCCAGCGACGACCUCUCCCGCUGCUCCGUCGCCACCACCACGGCCUCGUCCGAGCGCUCGUCCGGCAGCGGCAGCGGCCGCGCCGCCGCCGCCUUGCUCGACGCCUUCCGCUCCUGCUUCGCCCCCGGGGACGCGCGCUCGCCGGACGCCUCCCUCUCCGACGUCGACUUCGACGCCUCCCACCAGCACUCGCAGUCGCUGAGCUCUCAAGGUUCUACCAGCGGGAGCACAUUCGAGAGCAGGAGAUCAGCUAGAGGGCCGUAUGGCUCCACCCUCAGGAACACUUCAGAAAGGGAGAUACCUGGCGACAGGAAGUUCACCUUGCCAGAGAUCCAGAAAGCAACAAAGAACUUCUCACCCAACCUCAAGAUUGGGCAGGGUGGUUCUGGGACAGUCUACAAGGGUCAGCUCAGCGAUGGCACCGUCGUCGCCGUCAAACGGGCCAAGAAGAAUGUGUAUGACAAGCAUAUGGGCCACGAGUUCCGGAACGAGAUCGAGAUGCUGCGAUGCAUCGAGCACCUGAACUUGGUCAGGUUCCAUGGGUUCCUUGAGUUUGGUGGUGAGCAGUUGAUCGUCGUGGAGUAUGUUCCCAAUGGCAAUCUUCGGGAGCACCUUGAAGGUCUGAAUGGAAAGGUUCUGGAGUUCUCUGUCAGAUUGGAAAUCGCGAUCGAUGUGGCCCACGCUAUUACGUAUCUUCACACCUACUCUGAUCAGCCGGUCAUCCACAGGGACAUUAAAUCCUCAAACAUUCUUCUCACGAACAACUGCCGAGCUAAGGUCGCUGAUUUUGGAUUUGCGAAACUGGCUCCAACUGACGCUACACAUGUCUCUACUCAAGUGAAAGGAACAGCAGGUUAUCUCGACCCAGAAUAUCUCAGAACAUACCAGCUCACUGAGAAAAGUGAUGUAUAUUCCUUUGGAGUGCUGCUAGUGGAGUUGGUUACCGGGAGGCGCCCAAUAGAGCCAAAGAGGGCGAUCGUGGAACGCGUCACCGCGAAAUGGGCAAUGGAACAAUUCUCGAAGGGCGACGCGAUAUUAACACUGGAUCCGAAUCUGGAAGUGAACGACGCGACCAACCUGGCGAUCGAGAAGAUGUACGAGCUGGCACUGCAAUGCUUAGCUCCCAAGAAGAGGAACCGGCCGAGCAUGAGGCGAUGCGCAGAGAUCCUGUGGAGCAUACGUAAGGAUUACAGGGAGUUGGCUCAGCCAACCUCCUCUUGAACCAAGGCAGCUGAUAUGGAGCAAUCAAUCAAGAAAACAAAAUGCAACAGCAUGCCAGUUUGUCUCACUUGAAUUCAAAGCAUGGAGGUAGGGGCGAGGCGAACCGAUCGUCGAGCUACGGUCUGCCAAGCUGUGAAUAAUGGGGCUUGUGGUUGUGGCCUUCCUAGAAAUUGUGUGCUUAUUAGGUAGCAGCCAGGAAGAGUUACAUGGAACUUCUCCUACACAUGAGCAUGCGGUAAAUAGUCGCCUUAGCAAACACAAACAGUUUCAAAUUCGUAUGAAUAUACUGUGCGAUGGUGUUUGUGUGUUGUAGAAAAUAUAUAGUAUGAUUUCUGAGGAGAGCAUACGUUUCCCAUGGAUUA